AGUUACUAAAUUUGUGUUACAAUUUGUUAUUUGGAUUGGUGGAGCAUAUUCGAGAGCAUUGCCGUAGUGUAGCAUAGUUUUUCAUGUUACUGUCUUCAAUGUCCUUUGCCCCGGUAUGAUUUUCAGUGCGCGGCCAUCUUGAACCCACUGAAAACAGUCGAAAGAGAGAUCCGUGUGUCGGCGUGACAGUAUGCUGAUGUCUAUGAGAUGAGUGAUGGAACCUCACCAGUAGUAGACCGACGAAGCUGGACUUUCAAUGUGAUGACACUGAAAAUAAACUGAUCGUGUUGACAUACCGAGGAAUUGGGAAAGAAUAGGUCAUCAGUCCAAUUGGAAAAACGCGUUUAAAUGUCUAGAGAUAAAUUAUACGUAAUCGCAUUGUCGCAAUCUUUUAACCACCACCUGGACUUUGUUCAAAUGUUUUGGGUUAUAUUUAUGUAGUAGAAUGAAAAUGAGGCUGCCUUUAGCAUUCAUUACAAAUGUAAAACUGUUUAAUUCUGGCUUUAGAAUCAGGCAUGGGAUUCAUAACCAAGUUACAAAAACGUCAUUGCUGUCCAGUUGUAAUAUAUGCAGCGGGGCGGAGAGAAAGUGGAUAAAACCAGUGGGCUAUGACACCGGUGUAAUGACUUACAACAGUCUUACCAAGCAGAAAGAGCCUCUAGUUUUGGCACAAGAAAGAAUUGCUUCCUGGUAUAGCUGUGGACCCACUGUUUAUGACCAUGCCCAUCUCGGCCAUGCGUGCUCAUAUGUCAGAUUUGACAUUCUGCAAAGGAUCUUAUCCAAACUUUUUGGAAUCAAUGUCAUCCAUGUAAUGGUCAUCACUAACAUUGAUGAUAAAAUCAUACAAAGAAGCCUUGAGGAGAACAUCUCACCCACCGUCCUUGCAAGAAUGCAUGAGGAAGAGUUUAAGAAGGACAUGCAAGCACUGCGGGUUCUUCCUCCAGCAGUAUACAUGAGGGUGACAGACAACAUACCUCAGAUUGUAGCUUUCAUAGAGCGCAUUAUCAGAAAUGGACAUGCCUAUGUCACAAAUCAAGGGAAUGUCUACUUCAACACUCAGUCCAUUGGUAGCCGUUAUGGCAAGCUUGUGAAUCUUGGAGGCAUUGUUGGGGAGCAAGGGGUUCAGGAUAAAAGGGAUCCAAGGGACUUUGCUCUGUGGAAAGCAUCCAAACCACAUGAACCUCACUGGGAUUCACCUUGGGGACAAGGAAGACCUGGUUGGCACAUUGAAUGUUCUACAAUUGCUAGCUCAGUGUUUGGAAGUCAGUUGGACAUCCACUCCGGAGGGAUUGACCUUGCCUUCCCUCAUCAUGAGAAUGAGAUUGCCCAGUCUGAGGCAUAUCAUCAGUGUGAACAAUGGGGAAACUACUUCCUGCACUCCGGGCACCUUCAUUUGAAAGGAAGUGUAGAAAAGAUGUCAAAAUCCUUGAAGAAUUAUAUAACUAUAAAGGAUUUUCUGUCAUCUUACACUGCUAAUGAGUUUCGACUUUUUUGCCUUCUAACCAAAUACAGAUCAGCAAUUGACUAUAGUGAUGCUAGCAUGAAUGAAGCCCGAUCUACCUUGUCCACCAUCUCUGCCUUCUGCCACAACGCACAGGCCUACAUGCAGGGCCACUUACAGUGCCAGCCUAUAGAGGAGGGAAUUCUCUGGGAGAGGUUGUGUGCUACACAGACUAAUGUUCGGAAAGUACUCGCUGAUGAUUUUGACACCCCAAAAGCUGUGGAUGCCAUUAUGAGCCUCAUUCACCAUGGCAACUGUCAGCUUCAGCCUGUUACUAAGGUUCAUGGGCCUAGGAGUCCUGUUGUAUUUGGAGCCAUGCUGUCCUAUGUCAGGGAAAUCAUGGGUGUUUUUGGAGUUGAUCUACUGGACACAAAGGAAGUCCAUGAUUCCUCCGGAGUUUUGAAUAAUGUGGUGGAGGAGUUGGUGCAUUUUCGGAGUGAGGUUCGUAAAUUUGCACUUUCUGUGCAAGACCAAGCUCCACAAGACCCCCAGCCUGGCAGUGAAAUUCAGAAAGGUCAUCCACAGCCAGACAGAGUACCCUUGCUGAAGGCCUGUGAUGCCUUAAGGAAUAAUCUAGCACCCCUUGGAGUCCACAUAAAGGAUAGAAGCACAAUCUCCACUUGGGAAAUUACAAGAAGAGGAGAGACAAGGAAGAAUUAACCACUUACUGAACUGGACCAAACCUUUAUCUGUUAGAACUUUGACAUGCUGUUUGUAACAUUUCCUUGGUGGCUGUUCAAGCUUUUCCUUCAAAGAAAUUACAGUUCAACUAAGGACACUUGCAAAAAAAAAAAAAAUCACAUUUAUUACUUCUAUUGUGCAACUAAAGUUGAAAAAAAAAAAAACCAAAGAAAAAACAGUAAUCAUAACCACAUAUUGAAUCUGAUGAUAAAGAUUGAAAAUGUUAAUAAAAACAACUACUCUGUUCAUAGUUUAUCCUCAAGUAGCACUUAACCCUUUCUCAACCACUCUUAUACAGAAAUAACUAAAGUGAAGGAUCCUUAUCGAACUCCACUGGCUGAUGAUCAGAACACUAACCAUAGCAAUGUUACAAGUUAGGGCAAAGUUAUUCAUAUAAGGGUACUUGAUGUUUGAUUGGUGGAAGACUUGUGUACAGUGUCAUUUUUCAGAACAUCUAAUGGUUUUUCCGGAAGGAUUUGUCAUUUGAUAUUAGAACACAUUCUGUAGUGGCUUUCUAAAGACCUCUGUACAUUCAUUGAAAUUAUACCACUGUUUUAGCAAGACAGAAUUUUUCAACACUAUGAACUAUCAUAAUGUCUAAAUAUGUUACAAUACUAUUAUAUAACAUUUGAAACUGGUUAUGGAAAAACAAAAUGGAUUACUGUCAUAAGUUUCCUCCUUAAAUGGGGAAGAAUAAGAGUAAAAUAUGUCAGAAUAAAAAAAUAAAAAGGCUGUCGGAAUAUUUCAUAUAAACUCAAAUUAAAGAUCUGAGAAGCAGUUGCUCUAAUGCCAUACACCUAAAUAGACAUAAGUAACAUGGGGACAAUAAAGAUUCAUUCAAAUUAUUUUUUAAAAUAAA